UUUUGUAAUUAAAAUCUCGUCGCAUCGAUAAUUAAUUUUCCUCGAAAUCAAUGACGUCACACACAUCAAAAUAGAAAGGAGAGAUCAACAAAUCCCGGCAUUAUUAGGGAUUGGAUUAAAAGGUUGUGGCUUGUGAAAGUGAUGUGAAAUUGUGAAGCAGAUAACUAAAUUCGUCCACAUCAACCAACUUUUUUGUACAUUUACAUGCAGAUGCAUUUAAAUCUGAUGGAUACCAAGAAGAACUAAUAGAAUAAUAAUGAGUGAGACAGCCUCCAACACCUACCACACUGUGGAGGUAGGGGAUUCCACAUUCGACAUUCUAGAACGUUACAGUAAUCUCAAACCUAUAGGAUCUGGUGCUCAGGGAAUUGUUUGUGCUGCCUAUGAUUCUGUGACUGGACAGAAUGUAGCCAUUAAAAAACUUAGCCGUCCUUUCCAAAAUGUCACCCAUGCUAAACGAGCAUAUAGGGAAUUUGUGUUAAUGAAGUUAGUCAACCAUAAAAAUAUUAUUGGAUUAUUAAAUGCCUUCACCCCACAGAAAUCUCUGGAGGAGUUUCAGGAUGUGUACCUCGUGAUGGAGCUGAUGGACGCUAAUUUGUGCCAAGUCAUCAACAUGGAUUUAGACCAUGAGAGAAUGUCUUAUUUGUUGUAUCAAAUGUUGUGUGGCAUUAAACAUCUGCAUUCAGCAGGGAUUAUUCACAGGGAUCUGAAGCCAAGCAAUAUUGUUGUAAAGUCAGACUGCACACUGAAAAUCUUGGACUUUGGCCUGGCUCGAACGCAGGGCACAGGUUUUAUGAUGACACCAUAUGUAGUAACUCGUUACUAUAGAGCUCCCGAGGUCAUUCUAGGAAUGGGAUAUACAGACAAUGUGGACAUAUGGAGUGUGGGGUGUAUCAUGGCAGAACUCAUACGAGGGGCUGUCAUGUUUCCAGGAAGUGAUCAUAUUGAUCAAUGGAACAAGAUAAUUGAACAGUUGGGAACACCUUCCAGAGAAUUCAUGCAGAGGCUGCAACCAACAGUGCGUAACUAUGUGGAGAAUCGUCCCCGUUAUGCAGGAUAUAGUUUUGAGAGACUAUUCCCUGAUGUCAUAUUUCCCCAGGACAGUCAGGAACAUGCUGGUCUGAGGGCCAGUAUGGCUCGUGAUUUGCUAUCCAAAAUGUUAGUGAUAGAUCCUGAAAAAAGAAUAACCACUACUGAGGCAUUACAACAUCCGUACAUUAAUGUAUGGUACGAUGAACAGGAAGUGAAUGGGGUAAGCUUCGAACCAGCACCUGCACCUUACGACCACACUGUAGAUGAACAAGAACACACAGUGGAACAGUGGAAAGAGUUAAUUUAUAAUGAAGUUAUGUCAUAUGAAAACCAAGGUCAAAACCCUGGAAAACAGCCAGCACAACCUAUGCAAAAUCACUCAGAGAUGAGUAUGGAUCUACAAAAAGCAGCCUGAGACAAAUCCGUGAGUCAUUCAGUAAUGUAAUAUUUGUACUUCAGUGGGAGCCGUGAACAAUGAGAGUGAUGUGCCCAUGGCUGAUGGAACUAGUCAGAAAUAAUGUGUAUAGUGCUUGUAAUUUAUUGGAGCUGGGAGAGUCAAGUCCUUCAGCAUUGAGAGCUCUGCAUUUUAACUGUGAUUAGGAUAUUAAUUUAACCUUCUAGAUGCAAAAUGCUUCAUGUUAAAUAUUUUAACUGGCCAUGUGAAUUUUUUUUUAAUUUGUCAAAUUUUGUCCAGUGUGCAUAUUUUGUUUUGUUUAUUAUUUUUUUUUUUUUGUCUUGGAAUUUAUGAAAUCAUUUUGCUCAUAAAAAAUAUUAAGUAAUGUGAAAAUUUGUUGAUAUGAUUUACAAAUUAUCCCAAAAUUUCUUCAUUGCACAUCCAAAUGGUACUCUGUAUAAUAUAUAUACUAAUUUAACAGAUAUAAAAUAUCUUAAGAGUGAUUCAGAAUCUCAAAUGUAUCUAACACCUGUAAGAAAUAUCAUAUGUAUAAGUGGUAAAUUUCUAUGUAUAAGGAGAGGUUAUCUAUUAAAUUUUAAUGCAUGACCCAUGUAUUUGUUUUGUGACAAAUUUUAUUUUAAAGAUUAAUAUUCUUUCUACAAAGCAUGUGAGGAUUUGGAAUAAUUUCAUUAUCCCUACUGUGUGAAUUUGUAUGUAAGGUAUUUUGCUGUACAUCAUGAUGAGAAAAGAGUUACGUGUCCCUUAAAAUGAUUUGUCUGUAUGUGACAGAGUAUGACAGAGGUUGUCAAUAAUUUGUGUGCAAUAUUAAUAUACAUGUGUGUUAUGUUCACAGUGAUUUUAUGUAGGAUGUUUGACAUAGUAACCAUAAAUUAUUUGUAAGUAGAUAAAUUGUAUAUAUACAAUGUAUGUAUGAAGUGAAUGACCUCUGAGAAAGGUCACUCUACAUGAAAGGUCAAUUUCAUGAAUCUCUAUGAAGUUGACACACAUUCCAUGUCAAUAUUUAGUGUGUUCUACUUUGGAAAUCCUUUUUUCCCGAUCUAUUUUGUCACUAGUGAAAUUUACACACUGUAUAAACAGCUGAUGAGGAUAUGUUUCAAGACCCCUAGAUGAAACUGUUGAUGUUUUAUAUUGUGUAACCAAGUCUGAAUUGUAGAAGGACUCUCAGAUGUGUUUACAGAUAUUUUGGUCUUCCAAUCUUUUAACUAAAUUUUUAACCACCUGUGUUUUUGUGUUUUUUAAUACAGACUUGGAGUGUGUAAAUUGUACCUAUCAUUUAUGUUAUAUUUAGCACUCUGACAUCGCUGAUGUGGUCUCUAAAAGGAAUAUCUAGUAAGGUUUAUAUCAAAAUGAUAGUUUUGACAGAAAAAAAAAUAAUAUGUAAACAAAAGCAUACAUAUACUUCAUAACUUUAAUUAUGUAUAGAAGAGAAUUGGGGUUUUCAUAGCUUAUAUGAUUUAAUCAUGCAUAUAAUACAAUGAAGUUGCAAGAUUAAUUUAUUUUCGGUUAUAUUGAACACAAAAAAAUCUUGUAUAUCUCUUGCUUCUUCAGUGAUUAAGUUUUGAUUUGCUGCUACAUUAAGGAGCUCUUAUUCAGUAGCUCCUACUCUGACCUCAGUCUUGUGUUAUGCUUAUGAUGAGGCUGCGAUUGUUUCCUGCAUAGUAUUACUGAUAUGUUUAUCAUGUCCAUUAUGUAUCUCCAAUGCUGGCAUGGAAAAAUAUUAAAAAGGGAUGUAAUUUUCA